AUGAUUCAGGGACCAAACUAUGGGUCUAUCCCCACUAGUAGGAAACGAGAAGAGAAUCUUCCACGCAGAGAAGGAAUUUCCAAGCGCGGUACCGGGUAUCUCAUAGCCUGCUUGGUGCUUGUUACUUCGAUCUUUGCAUUGGCGGUCUCAACGCGUGCAGAUGAGUACAAGAUGUAUCGUCGGUUCUCUAAUCAUCAGAGCAAGCUUCUUAUUUUGAGCUCCUUGCCCAAAUCGUUCCAAAAGGCAACGUUGCAUGCAGGGGGUAUUGAAGUAAAUCAGGACAAAGAGGCAUUGAACGUGGAGGAGAAUUCGAGUACGUCGAUGAGCUAUGACGAAAUCGAUGAAGAAGCAGAGAAAUGGGUGCAGCAUCAUCCGGAAGAAAACAAGGGGAUAGUGGCGCACAUGAUCACCGGCAUGGCCAUCGGGUUCGUGGGGUUCACGUGUCUGCUCUACAGUGAGAUCUUCGCUGUGCUUACAGUCCGUGACAUGGAUCUCAACAUUUGGUCUCGAGAGCCGAAACCGGCUGACCUCAUGGAGAGAGAGGCGCUCUGGGCUCAUGGCUUCGCAGCCAAGCUGAGGCCAUGGCUGUCGAUAGGUGGGGUUGUGGCCAUGUACGUCGGUUAUCUUGUCGCAAACAUUCCGAUGUGCUGGAUCCUAGUUGACUUUGGGUUGCCAUCUACUCCAGAUGAGGAGGACUGCAUCACAUCGGUGGUAUUCAUGGCGUUCUUAUUCAUCAUAGGAACAGCGUGCUUCAUUGUCGGCUUGUGUUGGUCCUGCACCAGACCCUGGGCUGCGCUUCUACUCAUCAGCAUCUCAGUGGGAGCUCACGUUGCCAUGCUCAUAGAUGAUCCAUAUUUCGCGCUGCUGUGGGCGUUAAUCUCAGCUGUUUUGGCUUUCUAUUACUUUCAGUUCAUCCCAGAAUCCAGAGAAGACUAUCGUCAUCCCAAGAAUGUGGAUUUCACCAUGUCUUGGAGCAGCGAUCAGGCUGAGGGAACGUCCAAACAUCCUCAGAGUGUCGCAUAUGCCUGA